CGAUAAUUUGCCCGACGUGCGCUUUGUUGAUUUUACCUGCAUUCUACCUUGCUACGCAUCUCUUAUUCUCGAGUUGUAGUACAUACAUACCGCCUUUGUCACUUUCUGAUUUUGGUGCGCACUGGCGACUGGCAAUGCCUGGACGCUGGGUUUGAUCAUUGCUAUGUGUGCAUCAUGACGAGUCGGUGUUGCUGAGCCUCGUCAUAUGACUGUAUGGCUAUAUUUCGCAGAAUUAUUUCGAAUCGCCCGUAAUGGACGACGUGAAGCCCACCGCAAGAUGGGCCAACCGCAUGUUGCGCCCCUUGGCCUCCAUCUACCGCCGACUCGAGAAACACAAUGAGACAUUAGCGAUUAUUGCAGCCGAUUCGCGCAUACGUGAACAUAAUACAAACAUUCAUACGCAAAAACAAGGGACCGGUGACGCUGUGAAGGCACAAGACAAUGACUCGGGGUCAGACGCGGAUGAGGAUGACCCAGUCUGGGUGCCAGGGAAGAAGCCCGAUCAGCGGCGCGUGCGGCAUAAAUACUCGUCCCGGGGAGAAGGUAGAGGGGGAAAAAGGCGAAGCCGACUGUCCAUACAGAGCCCAGAAGCAAGUCGUACUCUGCCCGGUGCGAUUGAGCUGGCAACCCCGGUGAUCACUGGAAAGCGAUGGGAGGCGCCAACAAGUGCUCAAUCACAAUUCUCGGUGGAACAGAAGAGGAAAACGAAACCGCAUGGACAAUUACAGGCCUUCCGUGACAAGUACCCUCUUCACAAGAGCCCUUGGCAAGAAAUCCUCGGGCAGUCUGGCGACGCGGGAUUCGCCAGCAUAGUACAUAAUCUCGACCGCAUCCUUCAGAACUUUCUGUGCAAUACCCGCAUUAGAAUACGUGAGAACAAGGACUCGGUCCAGCCCGUCCGUGGAACUCGAUCUUUAAUGUCGACAGUGGUACGACGAUUGCCCGAAUUCAUUGCAAACGAGCAGGCUGCCCAUGACGAGUUGGAAGACGAUGGAGACGAAGACAUGUGUGACGCAUAUUUCACUGAAUUGGAAAGUUAUUACGCGCCCCAUGGUCAAGGGUGGAAGCCGCUUCGCGAGGCUGUUCGAGCGCAGGGUAUUUACCUGGUUUCGACCAUGAUCGUGAACGGGUGGUUGACGGAUUCGAUUGCGUGUGCGCUGAUUGAGAUGUGUCGAUAUCACGAGCCAGACGCUUGUGAAUCAUUGCUAUCGAUAUUUCUAUCUACACGCACAGGCUAUCAUCACCCCGUCGCCCUCAAGCCUCCUACCGACUCGAAUGAGCCGGGUGAUCCUAUCAGACUACUCCGCAAAUACGCGCAUCACGGCCCGGCUCAUCGCUCGUACAUUUUUGAUGAGCUUUCCAAGCUUCUUACGCGUGGUGUUCUGCCUCCAGAGUGGAUGGCGACCAAGUCAUGGACUAGUUGGAUGACACGGGCAACGAUAUCAUUUUCGAGAGGGGAUCAUGACUGUGCCUCUGCCUCACGGCUGAUCGAAGCCGUUCUCGUAUCAGCUGCCGAUAUCAUACCGAGUGUUGUAGCCCCAGGAUCAGAACAAGACGAUAAAGGUGACCGCGGUUGUGUACAUGAGAGGCAAACGCGGACCUCUUCUCUCUCAACUACGGACAAACUUGAUCUCUCUCGGAAGUGCCCUGUUCCAGUGGAAGAUGCGCUGAGCAACCAUGUGACGAGUCUUCUGGCAGCGCUGUGCGGCAUGCACAUCUCGCGAUCCCGUGAGCUUGAUGAUCUGAACGACUUCGAAGGAACAAAAGCUGGCCAUGUCAUCAACUAUCUCUGCUCUACCCUGGAGAAAGACAUGGAAUGGCAGCCGCUUUCUCAUAUUACCACUUUAACAUUCCAUCAGCUACUGAGGCGCGGUUGCAUCAUACUAGCGGAUUGUCUGUUGCAAUGUAACGAUGCAGUCUUAAAGACUGACCAUCGACCUAUUGUUGGCUCUACGGCCAUUCUUGAACGAUAUUGUGAGACAUUGGCAUCUCGCUCUGCCCUAGUCAAAGAGUUGGCCUUGUUUGUGCGGCAAGCCUUUCGAUGUUUUGGCAGUAGCACGGAUGAUGAACGCCUCUACAUGGGCCGCGAAGUGCGCCGAAUGGUGUCUCGGCUUCCUAGAAUGUCUGACGCGCCAUCUUUGUCUACUUUUCUAGGCCGGGUGGCCGUCGAGGUUGCUAUGGAAUUUGCAGAAAGCACCGGCGAACCAGAUGAUCAUGUGUGGGCUGUUGAGGUUCAAGAGACGGUCAUAUCUCUCGUGGGUAAGAAGGAGACUAGUCCGGUCUCCUUGGAGGAAUCGGAGGACCAGAGACCUCGGGGUGGCUGUUUUCGCUGGGAGGAGAGCAUUGGUGAGUGGGUUGCUCGUACUCCGGAAGUCAAGUUAAACGCACCACCGACCAGGGUUCGUCCUUCUUUGACUCCAAGGCCAAUGCCCUGCAUUCCAUGUUCCACAGAUAGCAGCUCGCCCGAGUCAGACCCCGAAUCUGAUCGCUUCAUGGAAACCUCUUCGUUGACCUCUUCUCCCCCAUCGGCUGGGUUGAAACGAACCAUUGAGUGCACAGAUUCUUCGCCCCUGCAGUCAGCUAAACGCCGACGGCCAGCCCCUGUCAUCGUGGAACAACAAGGGAAGAACGUCAGGAGAAGGAGUGGGCUCUCGUCUGCUGCUGCUGCCCCUAGAUAUCCAUCUCUAGAGCCUGUGCCCUCACAGCGUCGGGCUCUACGUGAGCUAUCUUGUCGCAUUAAAAAUAUGGAGGCAGCCCCGACGUCAGAAAAACCCGCCACCAAGGUCGAGGUAGUGAUUAUCAACAAGAAGGUCCCUGAGACCCCUCCUCUCGAGACUGGUUCCGAGUCAGAGCCGGAUUUGUUUGAGAAGCAGAUUCAUCGACCUGUGGAGCGGCGCAGGUCUGGGCGAUCUCGUAUCUCGAUUCUCCCCAGCCGAGGCCCACUAGUGGUGGCCCGGCGCAAGUCGAUGGUGAUACCUUGCUCAGAAGACGACAGCGAUGACGAGCUUAGCUUCUUCUGAACGAGCUACCGAUUGAGAUGAAGGACUCUUUGCCAAUUAGGGUCUGGUGGUCUAUCCUUGGUUCAGGGUGUACUCUAUCGCAGUUUUACAUUGCGAUCGGGUCGUCUUUGAUAGAUUGCUGCACGCGUGAGAGUGUAAUGCGCCCGAGCGUGUCCCGGCGCCUACACGGCCUCGAGCCGGACAGUUCAUUUUCAUGCCUUCCCAUGAGUGGAUGUGAGCGGUUAGGAGAUGAGGUAGUGUUUUGAGGCCCCCCUCUUGUUUAGAUUUUGGGAGAUUUGGUGUUUGGGACCUACUGUAUUAUGCUUUGAUACCCCGGGCUUUGGACUGGUUUUGCUCUUCAUUUUAGGGGUUUUGCCUUGUACUGAUUACAUUUAACAUCCUUUCCUUGCUGUCUAUUCAUUUACGUAUUUGAUUACCCGGUUAUGGGUCGAGAGAGAUACCCAUAACUCAGCCUGGAUGUGCAUUCCUCCACCUUCCGCAUUUGUUAAAACUGGUACUUGAAAGCUUAGCAUGGUCGGAUCUGGAAUGCUAGUGUAUUGUAGAGAGG